AUGACAAGUCCUAAACCAGGGUCUCCUUUAGAGUCCCCAAAAAUAGGGUCUCCAAAAUUAGGGUCUCCGAAAUUAGAGUCGUCAAAAUUAGGGUCGCCAAUAACCGAAAAUCCCCCAGCGUCGCCACAGCUCGACGACGUGGAUGUGGAGUCUAACCGCACGGGUGGCUCACUCCCCAGAAUGCCAGGAACAUUUGAUGUCAACGGCUUGAAGAGCGACGAGGGUCUGUACAUAGAAUUGACGGAGUCUAUGAACCACCGGCAAGAAGCUGAAGGAGACGCCGAAACCGAAGAAGAGGCCAAUGGUGAGACCGAAGAGGAGGCCAAUGGCGACGCUGAGAACACCAAAAAUGUUUCGGUGGAAAGAAGGCUGGACAGGUCGCAGGCGACGGAUUCCCUGGACGAAAUGCAAGAAAAGCGUUCGUUGGAAAACCCAUCUCCAGCUCCGUCUCCCAGAGCUUCUCCAGUGAUUUCUGCUGCCAAUUCCCCGGCGAUUGCAUCUCACCCAACUUUAGAUCCCGGCAAGCCAUCGACCAAGGUGAAUAUCGAGACGCUUCUUCAAGACCCGAUUUAUGAGAACACCAGCAAGAGCAGUGUUGAACUCCCGCAAUCCGACUCGUCGUCGCUGAAUAUCAAUGACACCUUGGACAAGAUAAGCACCACGGAAGACAAUAUCGAUAGCGACGAGGGAGACAUAAGCCAUUCUACCGUUAAGGAAAAGAAAGAUUCAACCUUUCCUCCCAAGGUAGCUCCUUAUACACCACUGAUUGCCAAUGAUGCUCAUCCACAGACACCCAGCAGUGGUGCCUCAACCAUCCAAGACCCCAUUUCAGACCGUUCCAUUGACCCAAUCGAAAAAUCGGCUAAUAAUUCCUAUGACCGUUCAGAGCGUAAUUUUACGCCUACUGAUCGUAAUGUGUCGUACGGUUCGGUUAUUCGUAGUCCACCACCACCUCCCACGCAAAACCAGAGCCAUAAUACAACGUCUGCAGUUACUCCAGUUAUAAAUCAAAGUGGGUUUGCGUCACCAGCCUCGAGUCCAAACACAACUCUUGGCAGUAAUAAGUCGACCAAGCGCCGAAGCGGUAAAAUGAAGAAUGCGUUCAACAACUUUUUCAAGAAACUGUCGGCACCGGUUUCACCCGAGCAAAACUCCAUUAAUAUGAAGAUAUCUACGCCGUUCAACGCCAAGCAUGUGGCUCAUGUGGGUGUUGACGAUAACGGGCUGUACACUGGCUUGCCCAUCGAAUGGGAGCGUUUACUUUCGGCGAGCGGAAUCACUAAACGAGAACAAGAGCAACACCCUCAAGCAGUCAUGGAUAUUGUUGCUUUUUACCAGGAUAACACCGAUGCCGACGAAAAGGCGCUACACAAAUUCCACUACGAAAACACCUCCACCACGAAUGUUAGUGGCCAUCUGACCCCUCCAAUUGCACAAGCUCCUCUGAACCAAUCGCUGAUCUACUCGCAGACACCACAAGUUAGCCAAGGCCCAACCACGCCUCAACUUCCAAAGACCCCUCUGCUGGUUGUCACACCUUCCAACCAGUUCAUCCCCAGUCGUCCAGCCCCAAAACCUCCCGCUGCGGUUGCUCCUGAGGCCCCAGCUGCUGCUUCACCUUCUACUGACUCCAAUACCUCUCCCAAGAAAUUUGGAAAACGUUCAUUUUCGUCAAAGUCUAUCAAGGCAAUGCGUAGUAAUUCGAAGAAAAGCGAGCCUCCAAGGGAUGCUGUACCUCCAGUUCCUGAUAUGCCCGCUCAUAUUCCAAAAUCAAAAUCUCACAGCUAUUCCUUGGCUGAUAAGGUCCAGCCGGAAAGAGGUGCGACUACUGCUCCUCUAGCACCCAGUGCUCAGUUUUCACAAAAAGAUUAUCAAUCUCAAAGACCACCUCCACCACCACCAGGUCUGACCAAGAAGGAGGCACCUCAGAAGGCUUCAAAUUCCGAGCAAGUCACUCGAACUGGAAGCCAGAGCCAGAGCCAGAACCAAGGCUCUCGUUCAGCUGGAUCGGCUUCUAAGCAAGCUGCGUUACAAAAGAAACGAGAUGAAAAGAAGCGUAAGAAUCACCAGAUUAUAUCCAAGUUGCAAUCGAUUUGCAGCAGCGGAGAUCCCAAUCAGUAUUAUCGUGACUUGGUAAAAAUUGGUCAGGGUGCAUCUGGUGGUGUUUACAUAGCGCACGAGAAGACUACGGGAAGCACUGUUGCUAUCAAACAAAUGAAUCUCGAACAGCAACCCAAGAAGGAGCUCAUUAUCAAUGAGAUUCUUGUCAUGAAGGGCAGCAAGCAUUCCAAUAUAGUGAACUUUAUCGACUCGUAUCUUCUCAAGGGAGAUUUAUGGGUUGUCAUGGAGUACAUGGAAGGUGGAUCUCUUACCGAGAUUGUUACUCAUUCCGUGAUGACAGAGGGACAAAUUGGAGCUGUUUGUCGAGAGACAUUGAAAGGUCUCAAGUUUUUGCAUUCCAAAGGAGUUAUUCACCGAGAUAUCAAAUCAGACAACAUAUUGUUGAGCACCGAUGGAAACAUCAAGAUGACGGAUUUUGGGUUCUGUGCGCAGAUUAAUGAAAUCAACCUCAAGAGAACGACGAUGGUAGGAACGCCAUAUUGGAUGGCACCGGAAGUGGUUUCUCGUAAAGAGUAUGGGCCCAAAGUUGAUAUUUGGUCGCUUGGAAUUAUGGUGAUUGAGAUGAUCGAGGGCGAGCCACCAUACUUGAACGAAACGCCGUUGCGGGCACUUUACUUGAUUGCCACGAACGGUACGCCCAAGUUGAGAGAACCCGAGGCAUUGAGUGAUGAUAUCAAGAGAUUCCUUGCACGGUGCUUACAGGUGGACUUUAACAAGAGAGCAGAUGCCGAUCAGCUUCUCAAGGACAAGUUUAUACUUGAAGCGGACGAUGUUAUCUCGUUGUCGCCGUUGGUGAAGAUUGCAAGAAUGAAGAAGGAGGAGUGA